GAAUUUCACUCCGCAGUCCUCGUGUGGCCCUUUUUAAACCCUUCGUCUCGCCUCAGACUCAAAAACCCUCGUCUCUUCUAAAUCCCUAAUUUCAGCCUCUACUACUUCACUCAGGUAGUCUCAUCAGGCUGAGAUGGCGUUCUUGAGUAAAUUCAGCAAUAUACUUAAGCAGACUGCGACCAGGCAGCUCGGAUCUGAAUUGGCUCCUUCCAGGCCGUCGCUCUUUCAGGCCAUAAGAUGCAUGACAACUGGGCAAAGCUCUAAGCUAUUUAUUGGAGGUGUUUCAUUUCAGAGUGAUGAACAAAGCUUGAGGGAAGAGUUUGCCAAAUAUGGUGAAGUUGUUGAUGUAAGAAUCAUCACAGACCGUGACACUGGUAGAUCGAGAGGCUUUGGAUUUGUUACUUACACUUCCAGCGAGGAGGCAUCAAGUGCCAUCCAGGCGUUGGACGGUCAAGAGCUUCAUGGACGCCGUGUAAGGGUGAAUUAUGCUACUGAUAGGCCUCGUCCUAGCUAUGGAGGUGGCGGUGGCUAUGGAGGAGGUGGUGGCUAUGGGGGAGGAGGUGGUGGUUAUGGUGGCGGUGGAUAUGGUGGUGGCGGUGGUGGUUAUGGAGGUGACAGCUACGGCUCUGGAAACACUGGUGGUGGAUACGGCGGAAGUGGAGUUGGUUACAACAGCAGUGGCAGUGGAAAUUAUGCUACUCAAAACACUUUUGACAGUGCUAGUACCGGUGGUUUUGGUGCUACUGACAACAGCUUUUCUGCUGGUGGAGCUCAAUUUGGAGAGGACAAAAGUGGUUUCGAUGAGCCACUAGAAGGAAACAGUAGAGAUGAUGACCACACCACAGACUUCGAGAAAAGGGCCUGAAUGUUGAGAGAUUAGUUCGCCUGUCUGCAGUGCUACAAGUAGAUUGUUUUUUGUCAGUACUUCUAGUGCCUCCCUCCCUGCCUCUGAACCUUUUAUCUCAUUAUCUUAAAAUUUGGCUUUGAACUUAUUGCACCGGUUGUUGUGCUUUAUCAAACUUGAAUUCUGGAAAUAAUUGUAAUUCAAGGUUUUUCUUGUA